CUGUUUGACAGGACGAACAGGAAGUAGGAGAGGUUACCGGAAUGUUUUAACUUAACAUCCAAAAUGCACACGGGGAAAAUGGUACAGAGCACUGUUAAAUAUAAAGUACUUUCAAGCGAUGUGCAGGAUGAAAACGACAACGAUUGUAAUGAAGAAGAAGACAAUGAAGAAAUUACGAUAGAUUUCUAUUCGCCCUUCAGCAAUCAGCAAAGACGGAUAAGGAAAAGAGACACCUGUAUCAGGGUCAUGGUGGCUGUGAUUCUUCUGGGAAUUGUUUUUGGAUUUAUUUUGUAUGAAUGGAAUUGCUAUUGGCCUGGAGUUGAAGAGCGUCAGGACCUGUCACAUCAUCAGGAGCCUAACAAGACACACAAGACCUCUGAGGAUGAAGACCACGAACACCACGAGCAUGGAAAAGAUGAUGACCACGACAAGGACCACAACCACAAAGAUAAUCAUAAUCACACUCAUGGGCACAGUCCACAUCUGUACCACAAUGCUGCUAUCAUCACAGACUCAGCAAACUGCUCCAGUAUUGGUAAGAAGCUUCUUCAGGAGCAAGGGAAUGUGGUUGAUGCCGGGAUUGCUGCUUUACUCUGCCUAGGAGUUGUUCAUCCACACACUGCUGGAUUAGGUGGAGUGUUUUCUGCAAUUUUGUACAAUCACUCUACAAAAUCAUUUAAAGCAAUACAUCACACCUCUCAGACGCCUCCUACAUACAGAGCUCCCUCAUUAUUGCAGGGCCUUCAACUGCUGCACUCCCACUACGGGCAUUUGGAAUGGAGUCGGCUUUUUGAGGGCGCCACGAAACUCGCUAAAGACGGUUUCCUUAUCGAUGGAAUCCUCUCCAAGGCUUUAAAAGCUCACAAGGACAAAAUACUCCAGUCAGGACUGUCCGAUCUGUUCUGUGAUACGGACGGCCGUGUGAAAUCAGAGGGCGACAUUGUUGCCAAUAGGAAUCUAUCAGAACUUUUGCUGAGCGUCAGCCUAAAUGGCUCCAAUUUACCAGAAAAGCUAGGCGUAAAAUUGGCUCAAGACAUUUCUGAAGCUGAGAGGCCGGCAUUCCUUGCUGCCGUUCAUGCCGGCAGCGGAGAAAUCAAUGAGCCCCUUAUCUUGGAAAAAGAGAAAUACAGGAUUCUUUCAGCCCCCUUAAGUCUCACAGGUGCAAUGGUAUCUAAUUUAUUAGAUAGAGUACGGGAGCAAAACCUCACUUUUCCGAGCCACGGAGAUCUCGGUAAUGCCGCUGCCUCUUAUAAUGUUCUCUUACAUUUGGCGAAUGAAUUCUUCAACACGAGUCAGAGAGAGAUAUUCACAUUAAAUACCGCAAGCAGUCACGUAGGAGUCCUUGAUAGUCACGGCAAUUUCAUAGUAAUCUCCACCUCGCUCAACAGCACAUGGGGAUCCGGGCAAUGCUUACCAAGUAGCGGAGUCAUUCUCAAUGACUUUACCUCAGACAUCACUCGGAUGCCUUAUUUUAGUUUUCCUCUAGUGCUCCAGAUGUAUGAAAAUGAAGAAGAUCAAGACGACGAGACGCUGUUUGUUGCUGUGACUGGAGGGCUUUCUGCUCUGAUUCAUUCUGUGGUCAUGCUGAGAAACCUGGCUGAUGUUGGACUGUCUGUUCCUGAGACUGUGAGCAGUCCUCUGCUACAUAUAGAGCAGGGGGGUCCUGCGUCUCUGUCUGGCUGUAUGUCUGUCGCCACAAACAACACUGUUGUCUUCCGCAUGCUUUCAGAGCAAGACGGUUGGGUAAAGGAGCUGGGGGAAUGUUCAGGUGGCUUUCUGUCCAUGCAUCUGCAGCUGAAAGCAAAACAUGUAGGAGCCUAUGGAGCCACUAAGGUUAAUGCUGAUGGAUACUAAGGCAAAAAAUAAGUAAAUAAAUAAAUAAAUGUUAUGCACAUUUCACGUAUACUCCCCAUGGAUGUUGUUAUACCCAGCCUCACUUUACAGGGAAUGUUCUGUAUGCGAAUGUAAUUGUUUUGUAAUUGUAAUGGUAAAAAAAAAAAAGAUGAAAAGUGUUUUAAGAGACAGACUUUCAGCAGUUAUUUUUCAAAAAUGUAAUAGUUCCCCUAUGUUGAGCAUCCGAGUGCGCAUUCACCCUCACUCUUGUUCAGGAAAAACAAACGAAACGUUAAGUGCUGUUUAUCCUCUUGCAGGAUUUUAUUAGCAAGCAUCACUUGAACAUCAACGAUCAGUUCACAUGUUUUUCUCAAUUCAGAAGCAUGAGACGUAAAGAAGAACGUAACGUCAUCACGUACAAAACCGUAUACCUUCAAAUAGAACAAUACGGGUAGUCGGGUACCGUAAUACAAUGUAUAAGGGUGCAAUACAUUUAACACCCUAUUGUAUCCAAAAUGUUUUCUCCUUUUUAGCGUUUUCAUAAGCCUUCCUGAGAUGUUUCCAUAUUGAUUUCUUUGUUUUGUUUGAUCCUGUGAAUCAUGCAGUGACUAUGCAGUGCACAGUGAAUCGAUUUUUUAGAUGAACCUGAUGAGUGAAGGACUGCUGCUUUUAUAAUGUUGUUUUGAACCGACAGAUGUUUUUUAUGAAGUUUUAAACAUCUUUUUCAAUGUUUGACUACAUGAGAAAGCUAAGUGAAGGGUUUUUUUUUGCUUACAAUUGCUGAUGUCAGAAUUGUGUUUUUUUUUUAGAUUAAUUAAUACAAGAUGUUUAUGAUUUGUACAGGAGAGAAAGAUGCAUAUUUUAGUUGAAUUACUAAACUUGGUUGUUUCUUGUUAUUUUGUUGUUUGGAAAAACGGUAACAUUAGUAAUAAUUAUUUCACGAGUUAGCGAUUGUACCAUGUGAUUGUUAUGUAAAUUUUUUAGGGGUAAAAAGGGGGUCCUUUUACUAAACGUAACUGAGAGUGUAAACUGCAACUGCCAAAAAAACCACACUGCUAUUGAAGCAGAUUUUGUGAUUGUAAAUCAAUGUGGGGGUCUAUCUUCAUUGUGCUGAUUGGCUACACUGUCAGUUUUGAUUUUAGUUCUUUGCUGUUCCCCUCAUCGCCUCAUCGUCUCGGCUAUGAAGCCAGUAAUUAUACAUCAAGACUAUUCCAUUUUUGUUUCAGAAUCUGUCGUUAUUGCUUAAAUCUGAAGUGUGUACUUUUUUAUAUUAAAAUGCUUUUUCAUGGACCAGCUUUUUAUGCAGAGACAACUGUAAGACAUUCAUAAGUUGAUCGCUGCACAACUUUGUGCUGCUUUUAAACUCUUUGUUUGGGCAUCCAAAACUGCCCAACAACAACUGCAAUAUUGGCUCAACAAAUGGCAUGAGAUUGGAGCGGGAUCAUCAGAUUAUUUAACCAACAGAAGACAACCGAUUAGAAAACAGUCAUUAUUUUUGCAAAGCUACAUUUGAUGACAGCCACUACUUUCUCCAUCUUUAAUACUGAAAUAAUGCUGGAACGCACAAACUAUGACAGAAACCUGUUUUGAUGGGUUGCCUAUUCUAUAGGCUACAAUGCACUAAUGCCACAGAGCAAGACUUGAGUUGGCUAACGAUGUUUGUCUAUUAAUGUAUUAUGUAAAUUAUGAAUAAAAAACAACACAUGAUUUAAUGAAACAUG